AGUUUAGGUCUCUUGUCUUUGUUCUCUUGAUCUCACGGCGUCGACUGGUUCGCAUCCUGCUCACACUUGCUUUGAGGGACUUGGACGGGCUACAUUGGACGGCGUACUAUGGAUCUGUCAGCGCUGGGAACGACGUUGCCACCGGGCUUAGCGGAUGCAGAGCGAGAUAUGGGAGACAAGUUUAGAGCCGCCGCUCUAAGCAUCACAAAUCUGUACAAGAGCUCGCUCAAUUACACCAAGCAAGCAUAUCAUGCUGGAUACGCGGCAUGUCUUGCCGAUGUUCUAUCUACUGUCCAAUCGUCUAUUGCCGGGAGCCAAGACGCGACUCAGACCCUUUCACGCUUGAUGGACUGGGCUGAGGCUCGAGAGACUGCCAUGGCUGCAUUCGCUGCGGAAGAAGGGGAAGAUGGCCCGGCUCAUCCUUCAGCCAACGUGAAGCGUGCGACGAUGGUCAAGGAGGCUCAGCAGAGUCUGGCACGGCUUGGGCAUCCUUCGAGACCGACAUCAGCCCCUAUCGUCGAAUCGACACGGUCUGAAGCGACACCAUCUACGGGCCUGAAAUUCAUGCCUAUCGUGACGCCAGCUUCGGACGCUUCCUCGUCCAGCUUAUCGUAUCAACCCACACCUCACGUUCGUUCUUCGUCCCCUUCCAUGCCUUCUUCUUCGUCUGCUUCGCGUCCGAUGGUCAACAUGCAGCAACAGAGGAAGCGACAUUCCCCUAUGCGCUCUCUGCACCGAACCGACACAUCUAGUUCUACGACGUCGACACUUCCCACCGUGUCAAUCUUCAAUCCCGCUUUGACCAACCUCCCGUCGCAUCAAUCAGCAUUGUCUUCCCCUACUCCUCACCUGCCGGCAGGUAGUAAACGCACGCACCAACAGGUUGAUUUUGAAAUGUCUGAAACGGAACCGAGCGGCAAUGCCAGUGUGGUUCCGCCGACAACGCCUUCGAAUCGAUCGCAUAGAUCCAACAAACGUAGGACGUUGGGGACGGGGCUGGGCAGAAGCAGCAUGGAGGAUGGAGCGGUCGAAGAGAAGGAGAGGGACAAUCGGAGAAAAGGAGGACGGCGCGGUCAUGGACAAGGCGGUGGGGGUGGGCAAGGACAAGCAGGCGCUUUUUGAGACGAAAAUCAUCAAUCAAGUGAGGGAUAGUGGGCAUUAUGGAGACUGUUCAGCAUUGUAAAUGACCACUGGCGGGCUUCUACUGGGGAUCCGCGUCCGUUGCAUACGCCAUCAUGUGUACUAUAUAAGGAAUAAUGCAGU